AGUCAAGGGUUUCUGAUCCGUACCUCUCCUCACAAACCCUUGACAGAUUUAGCGAUAAAAACUGUGGCUAAUUUUCAUUGGUUCCAAGGGUAAAGCUUGGAUCCAAUGAAAAGAUAUCUCUCAUAAUCAAAUACGUCAUGCAAAAACAGUAAUGGCUGCCUCCGUAAGUGGAGGCAUGUGCCGACUGUGUUGGGGUCCGGUACCAUUAAAAUACCGGCGAUUAAUCUUUUCAUCAUCAUUUAAGGUUUUAAAACAACUGACAGAAGUUCUGAAUUACAGCCCGAGUCAAAAUGACGGACAUUCCCAUUAUUUGUGUUAUGUAUGUUUCAACAAAUUGAACAAAUUAGAGAAAAUUGACUUUGACGUUGAAAAUAAGUUAAACGCAUUAGCUGUGGAAAAAGCUUCCAUAUUACAAGAAUUACGGAACAAAAAUACUGUAAAUAAACUAUCGUCGAGGGCAAUAGAGACGUCCGUAUCAACGAAGGCUUCAGUUGGAAUUUCCUCGCGUGUGGUUACAUGUCCCGUCACCCCUACAAAAUGUAUUAACCGCACCAAAAGGACAAUUCUCCACACUCCAACCCCACGCAAAUCCAAGGUGCAUAUUCUUGGAACACCCAGGAAAACAGUGUUGCAGAUGGAAACUUCAGCUUCCUCCAGAAAGCGGCCUCAACAAUUGCUGUUCUCCCCAAUGAAAGCCAAGAUAUCAUACAGAGGACAAAAUGACAGAAAAGUUCGGACAAAAAUAAUAAGAGAGAAAGGACUGUAUAGUGUGAUGGUGGGAAUUGUCAGAGGCAAUAAACCAGAGGUCAUUCUUAAUAAACUGGUGAAAGUUAAAAACUUUAAAGAGAAGGCAGUGAAAGUUCUUUCAAAGUGUGUGAAAGAAGAAUGUAAACUUCUUUGUGGUAAAAAUGAUCCUUCAAUUUUGAGGGGCAAUACCUCUGAGGACAUAAUUUCAAUUGAUUUUCUAAAAAUUGCAAAUGAACUGAAAGAGAAAGCUCCAGCCUUCUCCCAGAUACUGGAGGAUACUAUGAACACUACCAAGCCUGUAGCUUUGGUAUCUUCAGCAGCAGUUAUUUUGCACCACAGAAACCAAAAUAUGUCACUUAUUCACCAUGCUGUAGGUCAGUUAUUAGACCAUGGUGGAGCCACUGAUGAAACAAUAGAUUUGCUUAGAUGCCUUGGAUUUUCUGUGGGCUGUUCAGCUACUCACAAGAAGCAUGUUUCACUGAUUGACAUUCAGAAGAAGAAGAUAGAGAACACAAUUCUAUGUCAGGUGCAUCAAUCAAGUCUUCAGUUCAACAAGAAGAAAACCAAAGAAAUGGUAUCUGCACUCCAUGAACAAGAUGUGACUGAUAGUUCCAGUUAUUUCACAGACUCCAGUCAGCAAGGUAUAUGUUCUAGAGUGACAAUGCACUCAUACUUUGACAUGAACUUUUCAACUGCCUACGUCAGUGACACAGCCACUGCUAAGUCAAAUAUGUCAUGCUACACAACAGAUUCAUGCAACUAUACAUGUACAUCUACCGUCCCACAAGCUUGCCAUCUUCUGCCACUUAAUAUAUUCACUAAAGUUGGGUUGGUACAAUGUCCUGCUGUGUCCAUGUGCUCAAGCUUUGAGGUAGAUCCAAGUAGUUGUGUUGCCCAGUCAAAUGACAAGUCCACAAAAUGUUAUGGGGAGAAGUACAUUUCUCGAAUUGAAAGUCAGUUAAAAGAAUCUGAAAUUCAGCCCCCGUUCGAUAUAAUUGGUGACAAUUUGGACAUUCUUAAAUCGACUUCUUCUAUGACAAAAGAAAAUCAAAGGAAAAGUUUUCACUGGUUUAUCUUAGUUGGUUUACAACGAAGAGUGCUAGAUUCAACUAUGCUGGAUGAUAAACCCAAGCAUGACAUUUUAUCACUACCAAACCAUUCAUUUUUACCCAAUGCCCAAGACAUCAAUAUUUUGGAAAGAAACAUGAACCAUCAUAUACUGAAGGUUAUCACAAGACAUGUUAAAUGCUUAAAGUCUUUUGCUCAUUGUGUUCCAAAACACAUCGAUCAUCCUUUCAUGGAGGAAACCUCAAAAAAGUCAACUCAUUUCAUACUUGAUUUGCUUGACAAAAAUGAAAAUUUGCAUGAUGACAUAAUUAGCAUAUUGGAGCACAUUCAUCAGAAGUAUAUAGCACAUACUCUUGGGGAAAAAGCAGAAGUUUUAGAAAGGAAAGUAUUUGGUGGUGAUGUGCUUACUAAUGAGCGAGCAUACACAGCACAACUCGCAAUGCAGAACUGUGAAACAGAUUAUUACAAACUGGGAGGACUUAUUCACAGACCAGAGGGCCUUCACAGAAUGAUGAACUUUUUGCUGGUAUUCCCCUUGGUUGAUAUUCUGUUCCUGUUCUAAGAAUUGGUUCAGUUCCUGUUUUGGAGUUGUUGGUUAUUUGGAUGGUUUCUGCUUGUGUUUGUUACUCUUUUUAUAUACCAGGAGUUCUACAAACCAUCCUCUGCAUUUGAACAAGGAACACUCUAUCAACUUCGAAAUGUCAUUCACAGAGUGGAUGUUACUGGAAAAGAUAAAGUUGUUGAAGCAUACAGAGCUCAUUAUGCUUUUGUGGAGGAUGCUUUGGAUGCAUUUAUACUUGGGGCCACAAUGGAUGUUAUGGGACUGAAUGACCUAAAUGGAUCUCCUCAACAGUGGAACCCCAACAUUUUAUCAAUGUAUUCAAAUGAGGAGCAGCUAUCAUGGCUUAGAAAUCUGGCUGAGGCAGUGAUCAACAAACAUAUCAACUUGCAAGGAUCAACUCAUCUCCAAGAUUUGGUUGAAGAAGCUGCCAGGCUAGACGCACAAAAUGCCAGGCUACAUAGCAUGUUUGAUGCCGUCACCAGUCAGUAUAUGUGCACGUGUCAGAAAAACUACAAGACAAUUGGACACUUUAAACGCCAUCUAGAGAGAGAACACAAUUGGCAUUUCCUUACUGCUGCACGAGAAGAACCCAAAAAGGGGGACAAGGUUGCAGUAUGGCGGUCGUCGUUCAUGAAAGCUGCUCUUAUCUUAAGAGAUACAUCUGAUGCUUAUAAAAUGGGCGACGGAAACCGGAUAUUUUUGAAUGCAAAAUUUGAAAUGCUGUGUGCAAAUGUUGCCGGACAUACCAAGUAUCAGCUUUGGCUGUGGAGAAUGAUGGCCUAUGAACAGGCCAUCUUAACACCUAAGCAAGCCUUUGAAUAAAAAUGGAAUACAACAGCAAAUCUUAACGGAACUAUUGAUGGAAACAUUCCAAAUGACAACUUAGUGGAAAUUUGUGUUCAGCUAGUAAAGAAGAAAAUAAAAGAGCAGGGUUCAAACUUUACCUUUAAUAGUGCCCAGACUACAGCAUUAGCAUGUCAAAUCCAAGAUGAGCUGAGAGAGAAUAUUAGGUAUCAGGUGUCAAUGAAACCCUCUGGUAAAUCAAGGACAAAGACUGAUAAAUCUUCUGACAUAAAUUUGAUGCUGAUGGAGUUGAUGGCAGGUGACU